UCUGGUUCUGUGGGCAGGAUGUGUUAUCGGCAGCGUGCCGCUCCCGGCAGCCGAGCUGCGGGGCUCACCUGCGAGCGGCAGCCGGGCCGGGGCAGCGGAGGGCAGCGGGCCGGCGUGUGCCGAGGGAAGAAGGGGCUUUGCCCUUGCCCCCUCCCCCCGGACCUGUCGUGCCCCUCUUCGCUCUGGCUCUUUUGAUUCCUGGGCAGUAUUUUCCGUGAGCGGGAGGCAGCUCUUCCGGACUUGGAGCCUUCCCGGCUGAGCCGAGGCGAGCAGCGGCGGUGCCCCGCGCUGGGAGGGUGAGGCUGCCGGGCCGGGAGAGCCGGCUGCCAGCCCGACCUUCGCGUCCCGUCGGCGGCAGGGGGAACCCGGAGCUCUUCCCCCGCCCCGGCGCAAAACUCCGCGAGUUUCUCACGGGAGGGCCGGGCUCCAGGCCCCGCGCCUUAGCCCCGUUGCCCUGGGAGGUUGACCGGCAGCCUGCAAUCCCUUCGGAUCAAACCCGUGCCUUAUCUUGUCCGCUGGCUGUCAGCCUGGGAGAUCUCCCAGCAAGGACAUGGCUUCAAAUGAAAGAGAGAUUGUGGUUUGGGUUUGCCAGGAGGAGAAGAUUGUGUGUGGCCUGACAAAGCGUACAACUUGCUCAGAAGUGAUUCAAGCACUGCUUGAGGAACAUCAGACAACAUUUGGAGAGAAAAAGGUCCUUUUUGGAAAACCGAGUGAUUACUGCAUUGUAGAAAAAUGGAGAGGCUCGGAGCGAGUGCUGCCUCCCUUGACAAAGAUUCUGAGACUUUGGAAGGCCUGGGGGGAAGAGCAGGCUAAUUUGCAUUUUGUAUUGGUAAAGUCAGAUGCUUUCCUCUCAUUUCCACUGUGGAAGACGGCUGAAGCCAAGGUAGUACAAAAUGUAGAAAAGCAGUGGGACCUCAGUCCAGCAAACUACAUGAAGAUGUUGCCGAUAGAUAAGCAGAAGAAAAUUGUGAGGAAGACUUUCCGGAAACUGGCCAAGCUUAAGCAGGACAGUGUUCAGCAAGAGAGAGACAAUAUGGAGACACUGAUUCAUCUGAUCAUUUCUCAAGAUCAUACCAUUCAUCAACAAGUCCUUAGAAUGAAAGAACUAGAUAUGGAAAUUGAAAAAUGUGAAGCAAAAUUCCAUUUAGAUCGUGUGGCAAAUGAUGGAGAAAAUUAUGUGCAGGACUCGUAUUUAAUGAUCAAUACAAGUGAGGCUGAGCAGCAAGGGAGUAGGCCAGAUGAUCAAAAAGAGAUGCAUGACUAUUUGAGCAAAAGUGAGGGAAUUUUACAGGUUGAAGAGAGACUGAAACAUCACAAACAAUUAAUAGAGAACCUGUGUGCUGAAAUUGAAAGAGAAGUACACGGUAUAUGCAUGGAAAAAACCGGAGAGUCUGUUCGCACAGAAGGAGCAGCUAAUGCUGAACUGGAAACCUCAGAUUUGGAAAGUGUAAAAUAUGAGCUGGAAAAAAGUAUGAAAGAUGGUCUGAGAAUCAACUCAUACCUGAGCUGCAUCCAAAAAGAGCUUACAUACAGGGACUCACUGCUUCAAAAGAAGGAGAAAGAAUAUGAACUUCUUACAGAAGAAUUUAAUUUACUACAUGUUAAGGACAACAUUGAAACUAGGCUUCAAUCAAAUGAAGAGCCAUCCAAGGGCAGUGGCAUCUCCAGUAACAGCAUUGCUGUUCCUGACUUUGUUCAUAGAGUGACUAGUUUGGACAUAAACGAUACAGACUCUGACACUGGAAUCAGCUCUACACACAGUCAGGACUCUGAAAUAACUGCAGGGGACAUGGUGCUGUUGUCAACAUAGUUGAAAACAGUUAUGCAUUUUUAAAAUUAUAUUUUGGAGGAUAUUUAUAAGAAUUAGUAAACCUGUCGUCUUGAAAGUUAAGCUCUUCAAGGUAUUAAAGCUGUGGCACUGCUUUAGCAAAGGUAAAGGGUGUCUAUUUAUGUCCUUAAUAGUGUACUUGUGCUAGAAUACUAUGUGCUAGAAGGGCUUAACUGGUAAUAGGUGCAAAAUUGUUGACUUUGCUAGAUCAAGACAGACUGUUUAGACUUCGUAAUGUUGAUACUCAGUGAAAUGGGAGCAUUCUGACUGGCUUGGACCAGAAGUUUGGAGAGUUCAUAUGGUUUGGUCUUUGGGUCUGCUCCUGCAUCUCCCUAGCUUUUUAGGAACGUGAAGUAGAGACUAGAGAAAACUAGACCAACAGCUAGAUUUUCUGGUCUGUUACAUUAGCUUUAUGCAGAUGGAGUUUCCUUGCUAUGAAACUGCUGUAAAAGAUUAUAUAAUUGAGCAUUUAAUAUGUUAAAAAAUAGUUUUUAUGAUAAUGUAGAACAGAAUAUUAUUAUUUCAUUUAUUCUGUAUUUUUAAAUUCAGUUUAUAUAUAAUAUCAGGAUGAUAUUUUUAAAAACUCCUAAGUCCCAUUUUAAAAAUUACCUUCCACACAUGGGUUUUUAAUUUUGAUCCUCUUUCAGCAGCUUUUAUCUGCUUUUAAGAUCCCUAAACCCCCUACUUAUCUGUUGUUACCCUAUAGUUGCCCCGGUGAUGUUUAAAUCCACACAGUUCCUGCCAGCAGGCAUGUCAGGACUGCUUACGUCCUGCUUGUGUGAGACGCUGAAAUCCCAGGCUCACACCUAACCCUAGGGGCAUUUUCAGCAAGACUUUCUCCUGCCUAUCUCACCGGUUGGAUCCAGCGUCUUAAGCCUCCUGAAAUCAUGACUACCAAAAAAAGAAUAGCAGAAGCAGCAGGUAGGAACCAGACAUUUUAGUCUCUGGCUAGACACUGUUUCCCAACAGCUAGGUAGCAACUAUUUUCAAAUAGCAAGUAGGUUUUCAAAUCCCAUCUCGUACUGCUUUGGAGCAGGAACCUAUAAAUCCUUCUUCCUCAGUGAGGACUUUGGGAUACAGCUAAAACUGAUCCACUUUAUAUAGUUAAUAAAAUAUUGUGCUUCUUUACCCAAUAAAAUAUUGGGUAAAAUAAAAAAUAAAAAAAAAGGAAGGAAUGCAAAACAUAAGAAUUUUACAACUAUGUGGUUAAGUCAGUUUUUUCAUUUAGGAUGUGGUAGUUUAUCUCAAACCCUUCUCCAGCAUAUUGCUGUAAGUCCAACACAAAGCUGUAGAAUUGAAGUGUCUCGGUUACCAAACAAGAUUUCUAACUCUCUGCUAGAGGCUUUGCUAAUGGAGAGCACAUGUAUAAUUUCUGGUUGCAGAUCAAUCUGUUUAAUAAUUUUGAUUGAAAGAAUUGAAUGGAGAAAUAAUUACAAUAUUUCUGAAUAAAGUUCAGUUCUGCAAAAUUCAAAACAAUUAUGGAAUUAAGAGCCUACAAAGUAAGCAAAUGGACAGUACCUAGAAGGUGUAAAUGUAAAAUUCUUUCACAUACACUGCUUUCUUUAAUUUUCUUCUCCUAAGUGUCUGUCAACCAUGUGCUUUCUAAAAUGACCAAAGUGCUAGGACUGCUGAUUAGCACAUAUUUAAUGCAGAAAAAGAAAAAAAAAGAAAAAAUAUAGAAAAAGCCUUUUCUGAAAAGAAAUUUUUUGUGGUUUAUUUUUUGGGGUUUUUUUUUUCCUAAUCCUGGCUAUUAUAAAUAGUUUCUGUUUCAGCAAAGUGUGUUAGUUGCCUUAAUAUAUUUUGUAUUGUAUUUUUUUCAUACAAUGUUAUUUGAAUGCUUCAAUAAUAAUGUGUAAUAUUUAGACUCAUCAGCUCCUGAUGGAAACAUGUGUAUGAAAUAUAUUAUCUUUGUAAUAAUUUAUUAACGCAACUCUGCAUCUUUUGACCUCUGUGGUAUCAUUCUAAAAUGUAGUUAAGCCCAGAGCUCUGAAUGCUGAGAGUAGACUAAUGUAUUCUAUGAGUUCUUAUGAGUUUAGUUACCAAUAGCUACAAUUUCUAUUGAGUCAUUUUUUUAUAUAUAAUUACUUAGAGGAUAGAGAAUUGAAACAGAGUAAUAUACACAGCUGUGCAGGCUAGUACAAGACCCGUGGGGGGAAAAAUUAAUUUCCACUCAUACUCUACCAGAUUUAUUUUGCUCAUAGGAACUUGUGUGGAUUCUCUCAACUGAUCUUUAUCCACACUUGGUAGUUGAUUGUACCUCCCCUGCAACUUCUAGGUCUUAAGAGUAUCACUGUGUUUUAAAAAGAAAAUAGGUAAAAUAGGUUGAAAGAGAGUAUUUCUAAAAAAAAUAAAGUAAUAUUAAAAAUCCAGUGUUUUGAAGCAUUUAUUUGAAGUUUGUACUUUGAUAUCUCAAAUAAACUUUUUUUGUUUCAGAAUUUAGAAUGUUCAAGAUGAUUAAAGACUGUGUGCACUCUUUGCUGUU